AUGUGCCUCUGCUCAUCACUACCCACAACCCCAACAAUGUGCCUCUGCUCAUCACUGCCGUCCAAUAGCAUCCCCAACGGUGGCGAUAAGGUCCCCAUUCUGAUCAAAGAGAACGGUCCUGAUGACUCUCCUGCAGCACCCUUGUUAUGUAGCGAAAGCAACAAUUGCCUUAAUAAGUGUUUGUCGGCUAAAGUAGAGAAGAUUUCAAUAUCAUCAAAGGAAGAUAGACAGGAAUCGCCACAGGAAUCGCCAUUGUAUCUUGAGAUUGUUGAAGAGCUCAAGGCCCUCUCAAGAAUCUCAGCACCAGCAACCAUAGCAGGACUCCUGUUCUACGUUCGAAACCUCGUGUCCAUGCUCUUCUUGGGCCGUCUUGGCGAGGUCGAGCUCGCCGCUGGCUCUCUCGCUGUCGGCUUUGCCAACAUCACAGGCUACUCUAUCAUCUUCGGCCUGGCGAUGGGCAUGGAACCCAUCUGUGGCCAAGCUUAUGGUGCUAGAAAAUGGACCCUCCUGAGCCUAACACUCCAUCGAACGGUCGUGAUCCUUCUCUUCACCUGUCUCCCAAUCUCACUUCUCUGGCUAAACGUCGAUCAAAUCCUCCUCUAUCUUGGCCAGGACCCCACCAUCACUAAAGUGGCCCACACAUACCUUCUCUACUGUCUCCCUGACUUGAUUGCUCAAGCGUUCGUCCACCCGCUUCGUAUUUAUCUACGGACCCAAAACAUCACCCGCCCGAUCGCCAUCUCUUCCAUCUUAGUCUCUCUAAUCCACAUACCCAUUAACUACUUUCUGGUAAUAACACUUGGAUUAGGCAUCAAAGGUGUUGCCAUGGGUGUUGCUCUUUCCAACUUUAACCUAGUACUAUUCUUGAUUUGUUCCAUUUUCUUAAGUGAGGCCCACCAGAAAACAUGGACAAGAUUGUCCCUCGAGUGCAUGAGAGAAUGGAGAUCUUACCUCUCACUAGCUGUCCCAAGCUGCAUUUCCAUAUGUUUGGAGUGGUGGUGGUAUGAGUUCAUGAUCAUUGUAUGUGGGUUGUUUGGGAAUCCAAAAGACACAGUCGCCGCGAUCGGGAUCUUGAUCCAGGCCACGUCGUUGAUCUACGUCUUCCCUUCUUCACUGAGCUAUGGAGUAUCUACAAGGGUGGCCCACGAGCUAGGUGCCAGGCGGCCACAUGGCGCGAGGAGGGCAGCUGCAGUGGGGACCAUCUGUGGGGCCUUCAUGGGAGUGCUAGCUAUGGGAUUUGCUGUGUGGGCCAGAGGGUGGUGGGGCCACAUGUUUACAAGUGGGCCAGGAGUGUUGAAGCUAACGGUUGCAGCACUACCUAUUGUGGGGUUGUGUGAGUUAGGAAACUGCCCACAGACUACCAUGUGUGGAGUGCUGAGGGGGAGUGCGCGUGCUGACCUAGGUGCGCACGUUAACCUGGGUGGAUUCUAUGGUGUGGGGCUGCCUUUGGCACUUGGGCUAGGUUUUGGGGUGGGGCUGGGGUUCGUGGGGCUGUGGCUUGGGUUGUUAGGGGCUCAGAUAUCGUGCGCCGUGGUGCUGGGAGUGGUGCUCUUUAGGACGGAUUGGGGUGCGCAGGUUAAGAGAGCUGAGGAGAUCACGGGUGUUGGGAUGGUGGUGGAAGAAUAUGAUGAGGGUGAUGAUGUGAAGAAGGUGUGUGUGAUGGACGGUGGAGAUGAAGAAAAGGGAGCUGUUGACACUUAGACUGAAUGGUGGAAAUUGUUUUGGAGAAUUUUUGAA